AUGAAUAUCACGUCGCACACCACAAAGCCCCCUGUUACGCAGCUUCGUCCGCUGCAUUCUUACGGGCCGGCAAUAGAGACGCCGCAAGAAGCCGCCGAGUGUCUAAACUGGACCAGCUCUCUCCAACCCAGACCUGACGAUGAGACUGCCAUCAAGGCAUUUGUGAAGCUCGUAUCUCGUCUGAUAAUUCUCGAAGAGGGUGAGAGUUUUUGUAUUCAGGACUCAAGACGUGGUGGUUUCAUCCUUGCUCAUAAAUCGAGCUCUGAGAAUGAUGCCACCAAUGAGUUCCAUUUUGUCGAAUCUCAGAAUGAUAGAGACAUCCCAUCUGAUUUCUCCAUUGGCAAGGGAAAGACGUUGCAACUUCACAUUGGAGCAGAGGCUGUGCAACUAAAAGCCAAUGCAAACACUAUCCCUUCAGAGGCCCUUGAGGCUCUGGGCUGCAUGCUCAACGACAUCAUCAGUGGACUCCAGCAAGCACGGGAUGGCUAUGAAUGGUCUCAACCCUCAGUGCUCAAUUUCCCACCAAAGUCCAGUCCUUUAUCCCUACUUCGCGAGGAUGCGGUCACGCCGGAGACGAGUGAUGAAAAUACCCCAACCUCACUUCUGCAUCACUGGUUUGAGCAGCGUGCGAUGGAGAGCCCCCAGAGCGUAGCUAUCGACUACCUCACUGAUCUCCAAAGCGGCAGCAGGACUCAGUUCACCUACCGCCAGCUCAACAUGGUCGCUACGAAACUAGCGAACAAGCUCGUGGAAAUAUGUUCCCGAUCACCACAAUCAUUCAAGACAGUUGCUGUGUUCAUGGGGCCUUGUCCAGAGCUCUACAUCUCGUAUCUGGCGGCCCUGAAAGCGGGAGUAGCGUUCUGUCCUAUUGCCGUUGAUGCGCCCAACGAAAGGAAAGAUGCCUUGAUGGCUGAUUUGAAGCCUUCAGCUCUACUUACAACUUUGUCUUCAACGAAAUCAGGCUCUUGGUCAUCUGGUUCGGCAGAAGCCAUCGAUGUGACUUCAUAUCUCACCGAAAGCGAUGCAGAGCCUACCACAGCAUCAUUCUCAGCAUCAGCCACUGAGAACGAUGUAGCCUACAUUCUCUACACAUCAGGAACUACAGGCAUGCCCAAGGGCGUAGCCGUGAGUCACCUGUCUGCAGCCUGCACAGUCUCUUCGCUGAGUGCUCACUAUGGCUUCACUAUCCCACCACCGGGAUCCAAGCCUGUCAGAUGGUUCCAAGGCGCUGCUCCUACGUUUGACAUCUCACUCUUUGAGAUUUUCUGGACACUCAGCACGGGAUCUACGCUUUGUUGUGCGCCUCGAGAAUUCACUCUGCAGGAUAUUGACAAGGUGGUUACAACUUUGGAAGCUGAUAUCACCAACAUCACUCCUAGUUUUGCUAGUUUGUUGGAUCCAUCAUCGAUUCGCGGGCUGAUGGUUGGUGGCGAGACUUUGAACGCUCGACUUCUACAGGACUUUGCACCGUACAAUCCGGCUACAGAGGGUGAGGUCAGCAACACACCAAGAGGCAUCUACAAUGGAUAUGGUCCCACAGAAACAGCCAUCUACUGCAUCGCCCAAGCUCACGUCCCUGGAAACCAACGCGGAUCUGUCAUUGGAACGCCUCUUGCGACCUGUGGAGCUCUCAUCAUCGAAGAACAAUCACGCUCACAAGAUAGAAAAACUCUGGACCCUGUUCCCAUGGGUGCGGUCGGAGAACUCGUCAUCACAGGUCCCCAGGUCAGCAAGAUUGGCUACUUGAAUCGUCCAGAUGAGACAGCAGCCGCUUUCGUCGAUGACUCGCGCUGGGGUCGAGCCUACAAGACUGGUGACAGAGCAAGGCUUGUGUGGGAUGCCAGCGGUUCACCGGUUGUGGAGUUCCUGGGCAGGAUAUCUGAUGAUCAGGUUAAGCUCAGUGGACGACGUGUCGAGCUGGGCGAGAUUGAGAGUGUUCUAGCGAGUAAGGCCGAGGGCGUCAAGGAGACUCUAUCUUGUGUGUGGAAGCAGGGCGAAGAGGCAGGCUCAGAGAAGAUCAUCAGCCUUGUUGUCGUUGAGACACAGUCUGGAUUGAGCUUUGAGUCUGUUCGCCAGGCGUGCGUAGAGGCCGCACAGCACCAUCUUCCAGACUACAUGAGACCUUUCAAAAUUCUGCAAGUCGAGGCGCUCCCGAGAUCUACCUCCGGAAAGGCGGAUCGUAAGACAGCCUUGGCGAUGAUCACUAAGAUGCUGGAACAAGACCUAAGCGCAUCCCGGUCAGUACUUACACAAGACGAGUCGAUUCAGGAUAUCGAGCCACUGGCACGACCUGAGGAUGCAAGUGUCGAGCAAGAGCUCGUUUCUAUCGUUAACAAUGUUCUUCGUGAUGGUUCUACCUCUGGUCCUACGAUCAGAGCCGAAACGAUACUAGCAAAAGCUGGCAUUGACAGCCUCAGGGCAAUGAGAAUCCUGAGGGACAUCAGGAGAUGUUGGUCAACUUCUGAAGAGUCUUCGGAUGAUCGCCAGAACACCAGACUGCAACCAUCUCUGGCACAACUGCUGGACGAAGAAGCAACCAUUCGCUCUGUGUUUUUCCCUGGAGACAAUAAUUUGGAAGCCUCAGCUACAGCCAGGAAGGAAGCCAAUACCAGAGCCCGACUUGAGAGCUUCAGCAACAAAUAUCUUCCAGAUGCCGUUGGCAAGCUUGGCCUCUCCGCCCAGUCCGAUAUUGAGAUGGUCCUCCCCGCAACUAGUACUCAAAGUCAGCUUGCUCUAAGUUUUGCUAUGGACAAGCGCAACUAUAUCAGCCAUACUGUCUUGCGCCUCAAGUCAGAUGUCUCGGCAUCAGCACUCAAGGAAGCUAUCGAGGUGGUUGUCUCGAAACACGCUAUCUACCGAUGCGCCAUGCUACCUUGCGAGGAUGACCUCUCUCCGUUUCUUCAGACCAUCCUUACACCCAAUGCAUGGGAAAGGCUAGGCGGCAAUUCGAGUCGGGUUGUGCAUAGAAAGACCGACAGAGACAGUGGCGAUGUGCAGGCCUUGCUCAAUCUGGCCGAGGAUAACUUGAGUUUGGAAUCGCACAGGCUCUAUUACAUACAAGUUGUGGAGUCUGGUGAUCCUAGCAGUGGUGACCUCUUGAUCAUCAGCGCUGCCCAUUGUAUCUGCGAUGGCCCAUCUCUAGAAGUUCUAAUGAGCGACAUAUCCAGGCAGUACUCUGGCUUGGAGCCUCUUCCUCGACAGAGCGUCUAUGAUUCUGUCUUGGACUGGGCAUCAAAUGUCAGCCCAGAGACCGAUCAAUCGUGGCAGAAGGCGCUUCAAGGUUGGGAGACAGAGCCUCUCGGGGCCAUAAGCGGCAAUAACGUCAAGCCCUCCACCUCUGGACCUGUUCGCCAAUAUGCCAUGGUUCAUCACGCGAGUGACAUCCCGUGGCGAGUCCUCGAAGCCAAGAGUAGAGCACUUGGUGCUUCUCCGUUGACAAUCCUUCAAGCAGCGUGGGCUACGCUCCUACAUAUUAUGUCCGAGGCAGACACUGAUGAUGUUACAUUCGGAAGUGUUUUAUCCGGACAUGAUCAGUUUGUACAUGCACCAACCUUCUCUGUGGUUCCUUGCCGUGUUGCUCUACCUGAAACGCAAACUCUCAGUCAGCUUGUGAGCAGUUUGAUGGAGCAUUCCAGAUUUGCCCAGAGCCAUAGACAUACAUCGUUUGGUGUUUUCAAAACCCUUCCAUACAACACCGCCUUGGCCCUCCAAGCAUACCCCCAGCCUGAGGAUGGUCACGGAGAGGCUUCUACGCCCCUUUGGACAGAAAUCUCUAAUCCUGCCAUCCGUUAUGACUUUUCUAUGUUCGCCGAGGUCUUCCCUACGAACCCAAAAUCGCCAGACAGAAAUGGAAAGUUUGAGGAUGUUGUAUUCAAGUUGACGUAUCGCGACGAGACCUUCUCUGAACUUUCCGCUUCAUGCAUCGCCAAGCAGUUCGCGGACCUUACCAAUGCAAUCCUCAAUUCGCUCCCUGGUGAUCUGGUUCAGACUUUACCAGCACGAAUGGACCGGCACUUACUCUCCGCAGAGGGAACGAUUCCUGUUGAGGAGGAGAUUGUGGAUGUGGAGGAGCAGCAGGUUCGAGACAGAGCUAGGCUUCUGCAUUUGCAGUUUGAAGAUCAAGCUGCAUCAACUCCAGAUCUCCUGGCUCUAAGCUUCUACUCUUCUUUGGAUUCUCCUCCAGUCGAGCUUACGUAUGCAGAGCUUGAUGCCAGAGCCAACGGACUCGCCAACAUCCUGCGAGAACAAGACAUCGACAUCAUUCCCAUUUGCCUGGAACGCAGUAUUGAACUAUAUGUUGCGGUCCUGGCCAUUCUCAAGGCAGGUUCAGCAUGGUGUCCCAUCGAUACCACUUCCCCUGUUCAGAGGCGCACGUCGCUUAUUGCCAGAGCUCAAAGCAAGGUGUUACUCACAACAACCGAGUCACUGCCUCUUGUUGAGCCUUGCCUUGCCCAGGAUGCCUUGAAGGAUGUUCAAGUCAUUCUUGUCGAUCAGUACGCUCAUCACAAGACCUCCACACGGGCUAAGCCGCGAAAGAGCAUUUCUGAAAUUACUGGACAAGAUCUAGCAUAUCUACUGUGGACAUCAGGAACAACAGGAGAACCCAAGGGUGUCAUGAUCCAGCACAGCGCUGCAGCACAGGCCAUGCGCGAUCUACAGGUCCUUGUAGAACACGACGACAGCGAGCAGGUACGCACACUACAACUCUCUGCGUAUAGCUUCGACGUCUUUGUUCAGGAUCUUUUCUAUACGUGGGGCUUGGCAGGAAGUGUCAUCAGCGGAACACGAGAGUUGGUCCUCGGCACAUUUACUGAGUUUAUUUGGAAGUCUCGCCCAACUCACGCCCAUCUUACACCCUCAUUUGGUGCGAGUAUCGCUGUACAAGAACUCAAGGGGUCAACUUUGCAAUACGUGACGUUCAUCGGAGAAAAGCUCACUGAGGAUGUUGCUGAGGCUUGGGCGGCUCCUGAGAUUACCACUCGUGCAUACAACACAUAUGGACCAGCUGAGAACGCAGUUGUAUCUACCAUGAGACGCUUCUACGGUAAGAGUAGAGACACAGCCAAGGCUGCCAACGUGGGCUUUCCUUUGGAUCACUGCACAGCUUAUGUUGUGCGUGAAGUCGAGACUGAGCAAGGUACUAAGCGGUGGGAGCUCGUUCCACGAUAUGGAGUUGGUGAAUUGGCCCUGGGCGGUGCACAGGUCGGCAAAGGGUAUCUCUCCAACGAGGCCAAGACCACCAAAGCUUUCAUCGAGGGAGGUCCUGGUAUUGAUGAGCGUAUCUACCUGACUGGAGAUUUGGUGCGACUGAACGACCACGGCUUCGAGUUCCUCGGCCGAAACGACGAUCUCGUCAAGAUCACAGGCAUUCGCAUCGAGUUGAGUGAGAUCAGCGCAGCUUGUGCCAGUCUGAAGGAUGAAGAUGCAGCGAUUGAACAUGUUGAGACGCUGUAUCUCCAACGUCCCGGUGCACCCGCUGGUAACAACAACAAAGUAGUCGUUACUUUUGUGUCCGUCAAGGCCGCCAAUGUUGAUACUGCAAAGAUCAGAUCACAGGUGUUCAAAAGGGCCAAGGACCUUCUCCCAUCGUACAUGGUGCCUGGUCAUGUGGUUGUUCUUGACACGACUAUGCCCAGGACUGCGUCUAACAAGGUUGAUCGAAAGGCGCUACAGGGCAUCUACGCUGAAUCAGAUCUCAAUGUUUUGGCGGGCAGAGAUGGAACAACGCAACUUCCUAGCCAUACUCAGAAGCCCGAGCAACGGUGGACUAUACAGCAACUAACCACUCUGAAGGUCAUUGUUGGCAACUUCAACAUCCCGAUUGAGAAUCUGUCUCCGGAGGAUAGUCUCGCUGGUCUGGGCUUGAGUUCUCUUCAGGUCACAAAGCUAGCUUGGAUUCUCAGACGGGAACUAGAGUGCCAAGUUGGUGUUCUUGAUCUCAUGAGAUGCGAGUCUCUGGGUGAACUGGUUGAUGUGACUCUUAGCAGAAUGCCUAAAAGGGAUGUGGAGGAACAGCCAGUUGGAGAGAAGUCUGCAGAAACAUCAUGGCUAGUUCCCAUCAAAGACACCCUCACCAAGAACAUAAAAGGCGACAUGCGACCACAGGAUACACAGUACAUCCUGCCCGCAACCCCCAUGCAAGAAUCCCUCAUCGUCGAGACUAUGCUCGAGCCUCAAGCUUACUGGGCCCACCGCAUCUUCGAUCUUAGCCACUUGGGCGAAGUUGACGAUCGUCAGCUCAAGAGAGCUUGGACUGCAGCCGCAAAGCGAUUCGACAUUCUGCGAACUAUCUUUGUACCUUUGACGCAGCUUGAUGUCGAGGAUAGUGAGAAUACUGUUACAUGGGCACGUGAAAAGGGCGUUCAGUCUACGAUCCUUCAGCUGAUCCGAGACAAACCAGCUGUGUGCUGGACACAACUUUCCGAUGAACGGGACCAGACUUUGAGCCAACUGGCCAAAACACUUCAGUCAGAACUUUCCCCAACAACGACCACAGAACCACCCUGGGCUGUCACAUUCGUCCAGGACAGUAACAAGAUGAUGCUCAGUAUGCAUCACGCUCUUUACGACGCUGUGGCAUCAGAGACUAUCCUCGAGACUGUCUCCAAGCUUUACAACAUGGAGUCUGUGGGAGAUCUGAACGAGGUUGUGCAGUUUGACAAGGGCCUUGAGUUGGGCUUGCUGCCGACUCCUGCCAAGAGGGAAGAAGCUGCUACUAUAUGGACUCGUCGACUGGAUGAAGUUAACCUCACGCAAUCUCGACAGAAGCAAGUCCAGAAGAUCCUUCUCUCCAAAAGAGAAAUUCCUACUUCAUUUGCCAAGGCCACAUCAACUGUAUCUUUACCCACUCUCCUCCAGUCUGCCUUUGGCUGUGUUCUGGCUUCCUAUCUUGAACUCGAUUCCAUCGUCCUCGGUCAUACUGUUUCCCAGAGGAUUCUACACCCAGAACUCGCUCGAGUCGUCGGUCCUGCCAUCGCCACGCUGCCUCUCAUCAUCCGCUCCAAUGCCUCUUCAGCCCAAGAGCUCUGGAAGGACAUGGCCCACGACUCUGCCCAGCUGUUCCAGAGCACGCACAAUCUCCAUCCAGUGGACAUCAAGAAGAUGCUCAAUCGCGGAAGUGGCAGUAGCAAUGCGCCAUUCCCGGGUCUUUUUGUGUAUCACCCUGCCCCAGAAGAUGGCCAAGAAGGCACUACUCAGCACAUGUUCCGGGAGGUUGGACAAGCUUUGUCGCUUAAUGUUGAGCAUCCCCUCGCUCUGAACAUCUUCGAAGCCACUGGGAUGGUGGAACUCACUGGAGACGGGCUUCGUAUCGCACAGGCUCAGCUUGAACUCUUACUCGAUCAGGUUCUCGACCAAGCUCGUGUUAUGGCCGAAACCCCUGAGGCUCCUCUCACUCAAUUGCAGAACCAGAUGAGCCGAAAUUUGCUGUCCGUCAGUGGAGAUGCUGCUGGUGAAGAAACCAGUCGAAAAAAUCCAACCGACGGCGUCUCUUUACACGCAUCCCAACAUCCUGAUUGGGUCGCUGCUGAAGAGGUCAUCUUCCAGACCUCCGACGAUGGAGACGAAGUGAUUACAUCCAAGACCAUUACAUACGCCCAGCUGGAUAAGCUCACCAAUGCUAUCGUCACUAGGCUAGUUGAGCACGAGGUACAAUUGCAACCAGACGACCCUGUGGCCAUGUGUUUGGGACGAGACAUCAAGUCGCUCGCAGUAACUCUUGCCAUCUUCCGAGCUGGUCUCGUUUAUCUCCCUGUCGAUGAGGAUCUGCCAUCGGCUCGAAAGCAGCUUCUGAUUCGAGACGCCGGGGCCAAACUUGUCGUCACUACUCAAGAGCUGGUAGAUGACUUGGAUCUAGAUGCCUCCGAUGAUCCACCUGUCUUGAUGGUUCCCAAUGGGGCCGAUGCUCUUGAAAGUAUCCUGUCCUGGCCCAUUUCCGAACAUUCCCAACAGAUUGGUGAUGGUGGUUAUCUUCUCUACACUUCUGGCUCUACCGGACGACCCAAGGGCGUUCGUGUCUCAAACAGAAACCUCUGUCACUUCAUCUCUGCCUUCAGCAAUCGCAUGAUCGAGCACUCUCCAGCAACUGCCAAGCUUGGAGGCGUCGGAAAGUAUCUGAACCUCACGUCUCGAGCCUUCGAUCCCCAUCUCACCCAGCUCUUCGUUCCCUGGCACCUUGGUCAUCGCGUCGUCAUUGGAACAGAUCGCACAGCGAUGUUGGCUAAUCUGAAGGAACUAAUCAACGAGUUGAGAAUCACCCACUUUGGCUCAGUUCCGUCAGUGUUGUCUCAACUGAGAUUGCGGCCUGAGAAUGUCCCUUCUGUGCGUGUUGUCACGACCGGUGGAGAGAAGGCUUCGAAUGAACUUUUGAACACGUGGGCUCAGGGGCAUGGCUCUAAGUCGGAAGACGAAAAGGCUGUUCUUUUCAACUUCUAUGGCCCAACAGAAGUCACAAUUGGCUGUCUCGGCCAUGCUGUUCACCAAGAUUCCAACGCUCGUAAUCUUGGUCUUCCCUUACAAGGUCUUGAGGCACUUCUUCUUUGCCCUAACACGACCAGUGACGAACUAGUCGUAGCCAGAAGAGGCCAACCAGGUGAACUUUGUAUCGCCGGUCCGCAAGUGGCAAUGGGGUACCUGAACCGCCCGGUUGAACAAGCCAAGAGCUUCCAGACCAUCUCAGUUCUUGGAAGUAGCAAGAGGGUCUAUCGAACAGGCGAUAUGAUGAGAAUGAUGAAUGACGGGUCGCUUGAGUUCCUUGGAAGAGCUGAUCAACAGACCAAGAUCCGCGGUCAAAGACUUGAGUUGGAUGAAGUUGUCGGCUUCCUCAAACAGGCAGCUGGCGAUGAGAAGAGUUUGGAGUUUGCUGCGACAGUCGCUUCCAGUGGCGACGAUAGCUCGAACCAACAGCAGCAAUUGCUCGGUUUUGUUGCCCGGAAGCCACACAACCUCAAGGCAUACGCUGAUGUUGAGACUGAGGUUAUCCACCCUCAGGACCCUGAGUCGGUUUCUUUACUUGAGUCGAUUGAGCUUGAUUGCCAGGCGAAACUCCCCGCGUUCAUGGUUCCUACAUUGCUUUGGGUUACCAGGAUUCCGUACCUGGCUGCGUCUGGCAAGGUCGAUACCAAGGUGUUGGCUCGUCUUGCGAACGACUUCCUGGCUGCUCAGCGAGAUGAAGAGGCGGGUGAGAGCAGUAACAACACACCAGGCUCAAGCUCUGCUCUAACUGCACGUGAAUUGGAAGUUGUCGCCGCGCUUGAACAAGUCGUGGGUGGUAGCGUCAAGGCCACUCCAGCAAGUAGUAUUCAUCGACUGGGCAUUGACAGUCUCUCCGCUGUGAAUCUGGUGUCUCUUCUCAGAAAACGCGGCUUUUCUCAGUUGAAGAUGACUCAUAUUCUUUCGUCCUCGUGUACAGUUGGGGACAUUGCUAGACUUGCCGAUCAAGACACCCUCAGUUCAGCGAGCAGCACACCGUUGUCUACACCUCCAUCUACAGACGACAGACAAAUACACCCCGAUACCACAUCCCUUACCGCCAAAGAUCUUGGCCCUCUCCCAGAAGGUCUUGAGGAAAACAACAUCGAAGCUGUGCUACCCUGUCUCCCUCUGCAGUCCGCCCUCAUCGCUCGCUCGCUAGUAUGGCUCAGCGCUUACAGUGAGACCGGCAAUGCUGCAGGACACGAUGUGCCGUACGUAGCACAGUUCAGCUAUCAUCUGGGACAUGGUACAGACAUCAACAAGUGGAAGAAUAUCGCUGAAGAGGUCAUCAACUCAGAAGCCAUGCUGAAGACCUGUUUCAUCCAACGCGAGGAAGAUGGUCAGAUCUUCCAGGUCGUUCUUCGAUCACCUGCUUCUGCACUUAGCUGUGAGGAUCCCGCAGACAUUGUGGGACAAAUGAAUGUCCGGCCUCCAAUUCGAUUGCAGAUCCUGGAGGGCAAUGAUUUUGAUGGAGAGGUUGUCACUUUGAAGAUCCACCAUGCUUUGUUUGACGGUGUGGCUAUUGAAGCACUCAAGCACAAGCUAGAGCAGACCUACAAGGACCGAACGACGCUGACCUCUCAGCGCGACACAUUAGAUCUACUCGCAAACAUCGCCAAUCACUGCGCUUUGUCGAUUAGCCAGCUCAACUCUACCCAGCGAUCCUGGCAAGUACAGCUUCGUGAUGUUCAGCCAUGCCGUGUUGGAACCCUCGAUGACAAUACUACAAAUGGCGUCAUGGCUCGCUCGACUCUUUGCCUUGGCUUUACUACAUCUGAGCUGAACGCAAGACUCAAAUCUCAGUCGCAAGACAUAGGUGCUUCGAUAUCAGCGUCCUCUGCUUUCCAGCUGGCCACUAGUCUUUGCCUUGCUCAACUCACUCAACAGCCAUCCGUCGUCUACGGCUUCAUCAUGUCACUCCGACCAUUGCUCGACCACGUCGCCGAUGGUGUUGACACCUUUGUCGGACCGUGCCUCAACACCAUCAUCAAAACUCUGACUUUCCAAAGCGAAGAUGAAACUCUACCCCAACUCGUUCAGAGAGUCCACCAAACUCAUCUCGACGUCUGUCAAGGAACUAUGCCACUAGUUAGCGUAGACAAGGUUCAGCGGUGGUCAGGAUCAGAGGACAAGCUAUUUGACAGUCUCCUCAGCAUCAAUAUUGUGCCUGCCACUGAAAAGGUCGAUGAUGAGUGUAGAGCGGGCCACAUGACUGCUCUGCCCACGCGCAGCAGUAGCGAUAUGGCCUUGGCUAUCGAUGUGGAUUUGCACGCCGAUGGUGGGAUCGUCUUGACGCUUUCGUCCGCUGGUGCUUUGAGCGAAAAGCAGUUGGAUGAUGUUGGUAGACUGUUUGAGAAGGUUGUGUACAGCUGCGCCGACAAGAACGUCAAGGUUUCGGAUAUAAUACCUUCACUUCCCAUGGCCAGGAUCACAGUACCCGACGUCAAUCCCAACAACGAUAAUGGCAACCGCGAGGCACACACAGCUGAUGCGGGGUACCGCGAGGCACUCACAGAUGUGAAAGCAACAAUUGGCCGUCUCCUUCGCCUCGACCAAAACGAAGUAUCCUCCAAGUCAGAGUCAACUUCUCUGUACCAACUCGGCCUCGACUCAAUCACUGUUCUGCCAUUCGUCAAGCUCAUCAACAAGUCCAACAAGACUAAGCUUUCUUCUCAUGCGGUUAUCAAAGCCCGCACAAUUCGAGGCGUUGCUGAGCUCUUGGCUGAAGCCCGAGCUAAGCAGAUCUCUAGCGUCAAUGGCGAUGCGAAGAACGGCACCUCGCUUGCCAACCGUGACAUCACACGGGAUCCUUUAAGUGCCGCAGAUGCUUAUGAUAAGACUCUUGAACGUCUAGCCAAGGACCUCAUGUUCAUCGCAACACCUCUUCAAGAAGGCAUGCUUAGUGCAUCUCUAGCCACUGGAGGUGAUGCUUACACAUAUGUCCACGCGAUUCAACUAUCCGAGGCUGCUCUCGAAGCCGAUACUCCGGAUCUAGACAACUUCUUCGCUGCCGUCAGAGACACAGUCCGGGCUUGCGAAAUCCUGAGAACCCGCUUCAUGUUUACUGAAGAUGACGAAUCGCCAUGGGUAGGUAUUGUAUCUCCUACAGAGCAAAGUGAUCUUGUCAGCUGGGAGGUCCAGUCAUCAACGCCUGGUAGGGUGCAUCUUCGAAUUCACCAUGCUCUCUACGAUGCGACUUCUAUUCAUGCCGUGUGGAGCAUUCUGGAAGAGAACUACAACCGUCGUCUCGAUAACAAUAACUACCAUGGUCACACCGAGUCAAGGCAUUUGUUUAGACCGUUUGCAAAGGCUGUUUCAUCUUCACAAAAGUCAUCUGUCGCGUUCUGGACUGCGGUUGUCCGAGGUUACACGUACACACCACUCGACUUUCCCAGCGACGAACUCAAAGCAUCAGCUGCUUUCCACUUCACGCUCGAUGAGAAAGAUCUGUCACUUCUCCAGUCGCGAUGCAAAAGCCUAGGCGUUACCACCAAAGCAGCGCUGCAAUUGGCCUGGGUCAAGGUACUCUGCGAGUCUUUGUACAACCAAGCAGAUGUUGUGUAUGGAGAAGUCGUUUCCACCGAUGCCGACGACGAUAAGGCUAUCGUUGGCCCUACCAUUAACACACUUCCCAUGAGAGUCAAACUUGGAGGUUCUACUUCCAUGCCCAGUGUUUCCAAGUCUUUGGAGCUUGUUCAGAAGCAGAUUGACUUUGCAAGGGGCACCAACUCAAUGGCCUCGUUGAGACAGGUUCAAUCUCAGUGGAGGUCUGCUCAACAAGGCGACGCCCCUGCUGGUCUCUUCCAGAGUCUCUUCGUCUUCGAUGGCGUCGUCGGCUCCUCGGAUACAUCAGAUCGUCUGUUCAAGCCCGCAAAAACUGAGUCGGCCGAUGCGUCUGGACCUGCAUAUGAUGACUACCCUCUCAUUGUCAGCUUCCAUAUCAAGAACAAUACGCUGAACGGAAAAUUGAGAGCCAAGAUGUCGUCAAAGGAUGCAGAGGCCAUAGGCGGGAAGUUGGUAGCCUCUCUGAACCAUAUUUUGCAUGGUAUGGAGAUGCCAGUACUCAACACGAAGCACCUCGCGUCGUCCAACAAGGUUUCGAAACAAGCGGAACCCGCAACAGACUCGGCUGCCUCUACCGAUAUGAACGGCCUAACACCAAAGGCCGAUGCCAUCUUGAACAUUGUUGAGAAGGUCAUUGGUAGUAGACGCGGUAGCAAGAAGAUUUCUUACAACAGCAGACUGAUCAACGUCGGUCUUGACUCCAUCUUGGCCAUCCGCCUGUCGAAGCUUCUGAAAGACCAGAUGGGUCUGAGCGUGACCGUCUUUGACAUUAUGAAAGGCGCCAGUGUUCGUGACAUCGUUACACGCACAGCGACAAGCCCCAAGACUUUGACGAAAAGAGCCGCGCGGCACCUGGCAGCACCUGGCGAAUGGCUGAAAGUAACAAUUGCCAAAACUCUCGACUUAUCAGAAAGUCUAAUCAAGUCAAUCUUGCCUGCAUUGUCUGGUCAACGCGCUCAUCUGGAGCAGUGGGUACAUAACGGCAAGAGAUUCUUCGAACCACCUUGGGUGUACAGAGUCGACGAUUCCUUUGAUGUGCAGAAGGUGGAGACUUGCUGGGCUGAGCUUGUUCGAGUCCACGACAUUCUUCGAACCACAUUCGCAUGCAGGGAGAACUCUGCUGAACUAUACCAAGUCACCCUCAAUGAGCGAUGGUCAGCCAGCAGGCGAUUUGCACCCCUGGUGGACAGUUCGCAGACGAUUGAGGCCUUGAUCUCCGAGCAUGUUGGACAGGAGAAUGCGCUGGCAUCUGACUUGAAAGAGCCUCCAGUUCGGUUCUCUUUCUUGGAGGCUUCGAAUGGGAAGGCAGUGGUGUUGAGGUUACAUCAUGCUCUUUAUGACGCGUGGAGUAUCAAGAUGAUUGAGCGCGAUUUGACCGACCUUCUCACCCUAGGCAAAGUGCAAGAGGCCCGCCCAUCGCUUGAGCACGAAGUUCAGAAGAUCAGAGACAUCAGACAGCCCGAGGCUGAAGGAGAAUACUGGAAGUCUCACCUUUCCCAUGCCCAAGAGACCAUUCUGGGCAGCGCUUCUGAGAGUAGCACCCUACAGUCAUUGGGUCCUCAGUUCAAGGCCAGCUAUUCUUCCGUUCUCCCCCAGGCAAUCAUCGACUCUCUUUCGCAGCAGAGCAACUCGCAAACCUCAGCAGCCAUCAUCCUCGCCUACGCCAAGUGCUUGAAGCACUUUACACAACGAACAAAACCAACCUUUGGUCUGAACCAUGCGUCUCGAUCUCUUUCAUCUCCUGAUGGCUCGCAGAGUCUCGAUCUGACUGCGGCAUGCAUACCAACGCUGACUGUCACGCCGCUGUCUGUGGAUCUGGGGACGUCGGACAGCGAGGUGCUUAGCUUCAUACAAGACCAUUUUGCCCAGCUCACUUGUUUCGCCCAGGCCGAUGGUGUCUCUAGGCUUGGUCCCAAAUUCAACUCGUACAUCAACAUCAUCCAUCGCGAUGAUAAUGCAAAGGUGGAAAACGGUGGUGCCCAGGGAGAGUCCAAUGCCCUAAAACGAUACAGGCUGCCAGAGCCGCUCGCUUCCGACUACUUCACUGUCGCUGAGUCGUCAUCUGUCGUGUCCACGAUUGAUCGGCUUGAUACCAGUCGUUUGUCUUCCCAUCGAUUCUUUUUCAAUGUUAUUGUGAGUCGGAGCCAAGGGGUUACUGUCACUGUGAGUGGUGAUAAGGCGCUUUUCGGAGGAGAUGAGGAGGUAGUCGCCAGUCUUGUGUCGAAGUUUGGUACCGAACUAUCUCAGCUUGUGGAGUAG